AUGGAUGCUACAACCGGAGAGGUAGUCUUCGGAGCCAAGACAGAGAAGUACAGGCACCAUGGCUCGUUUUUCGGUGUUGCCGACAUCUGUGAACCAGACGUUGGAGAGAAGGCCGUGUACGAAAUGGCUUCCAUGGAAGGCAUUCCAAGGAUCGCCAUGAACGUGGAAGCGGCAUUUCGAAACCAUGGAGCGAGAGAGAUUUCCUGUGAGUCUUGGGAUGUCUACCCAGGAGCACCAAGCAAAGAAACAACAGAGCAACAUCACACUGAACCUGACAAGCGGACACUGAACCACGAAGACAGAAGAGUGGCAGGAUUUCGGAGACGUCGGCAAGAAGGAGUGACUUCCAAGAUGAGCACCGAGCCCAUCUUUUUGGAAGAGGGAUUCCAGCCUUUGCAUCAGGAUGUGAUUGUAGGCCGUCUCAAGACGGCGACGCCGCACCUUGGCAAUAAUUUUCUGAACGAUAUCACCCAGUCCUAUCUGGAAGAGUACAAGCAGUCAGAGAGGAACCGCAAGAGCCAGAUUCUAGCGGAGAUUUAUGAUCGAAUUUGUAGCGUCAAUGGCGGUCGAUUUGUAAAGCUGGAUACCAAGACCAAGAGAUGGUUUGUUUGUACCAAGUCAGUGGCUCGCGAGAGAAUUUCACAAGGAUUCAGAGACAGCCUAAAGGACUUUUACAAAUCCAGUCUGUCGCACAAGCAAAAGCGCCGCAUGGUGAAAAAUGGGGUCUUGCCGGCCGAUGAUCCGACAUUGGAAAUCAUGUCGCCGCCUCCAUCCAAGCGAUCCAAACUCCACGCUCACCCUGAAGAUCAUGAGCCGAUCCAAACGAUACAGGCGACAGCAGUUGAGGGAAUCGGAACGGAUGCAACCACAAACCCGGUCCUAUCGGUACUAGUAGUGGGCCGGGAUGAAACAAUAGUCAACAACGAAGAACUGGGAAAUACUAGUAGAAAUAAUACCGCCAGGGAUGGUGGGGAGCACUUUGAAGGUAACGGGAAGCGUUCAGCUAGUCUUCUUCCAAGGGAUGGGAUCAUACUAAUGGAUGAAGGAUUCGAGCCACACAAGAACGACGUUAUUGUUGGUUUGAGAAAGAAAUCGGCAGAACACCCAGGGAACAUUCAUCUCGUAGAGGUGGUCCAGAAGUUCCUGGGAGCGUACAGGCAAUGCGGCCAAAACAAGAGCAAAAAGUCAGAUGUGUUGAACCAGGUAGCGAAUACCUUGAACACAGGACAUCACCCCCCCGCUCGAUUUGUCCGAUUUGAUUUCAAGCACCAGCGAUGGUACGAAAUUGAAUCCUUUUAUGCCAGAGAAAAGAUAGGCCAGACGUUCCGAGACAUCCUAAAGGAUGGUUACAGGUCGAGCAACACUUUCAAGAACCUCAAACGACGCAAAUCUUACACGGGGCAAUCCAAAGCUGAUGUCUUUGUCAAAAAGGGCGACCACAACAUGGAUAUGGUUGAGCGUGGAGGAGAAGCAAAAACAAUGCCUCUUUACACGGUUGCAGCAGUUCCACAGGAAAGCACCGACUCUGCGAGAUGUCCGAUUGCACCAAUCAACGGCGCCAACGAGAAGGUGGACGAAACAGCGCCAUCCAUCCCAUCGCAGUUGGAUGAACCAGUAGCCCGGCCGUCUUCGGAACAAAAUGCGUCUCUGUCUGCUGCCAACGGUAUCCCGGCACCGCCAAAGCACUUAUCCAAAAAAGAGCAACUGAAAUGGCAAAUUCGUGAGUUACAGAAGCAGCUAGCACAACUAGAAGAGGACGAGAGGAAGGGGCAAAGUGGUGACACGGGAGCAGGUACAGCAGCUUCAGAAGAACCCGUUGCGGCAGAAACUCAUGGGGACAAGGAGGAUACCAACGAAAUUGGCGAAACAAUCGAUAGCGCAGUGGCCAUGGCCACGGAAGGCUACCACUACGAAGACGGUGACCUGUUCUUGGGCGGGGAACCGGGGAGUGUGAGUGGUGAAAUUGAAGCGACCGAAGAAGGCACUUUGGAUAUGGAGCCAAGCCAGGUUGACGACAAUUUGGAGAGAGAGAACGUGAUUGGCUGCCAACCUGAACUCACUAUGCCAGAGAGCAGCAUGCCAAAUAGCACAGCCAUCUAA